CCUUCAAAAAGAAAAAAAGAACCCAAAGGGUUCUCUUGCACAUGAAAAAAAGAGAAACGGUAACGUUGACAUGUCCAAUUCCAAUAGCCUCAGCCUACAAACCUUACCAAAAGAGAAUCCCCAUUCCCUUUUUUUCACCUUUCACUCUCAAUUGCCUCGACGGCCACGACUUCUUCCGCACAAACUUCCAAUCACCCAAUACCAAAACGUUGUCAUUUCUCCCUAAACUUCUCUUUCUCAAUUCCAUCAUCAUAUAAUUCACUAAUGUCCUUCAUGUGUAUGACAGAAUGUCUGAAUGAGAAGUACUAAAGAAACACAGGAAGAGACAGAGAGAUGGAGGAAGUCAAGUAUGUUCCGGGAGACUACUCUUUGCAAGAUUGCAGUGCCCGGAUUAUGUCGUCGGAGAUCAUAGAGUUGGGAGAGGAAAGCAAGAGCCUUGUUGUUGCUGAUGAUGUUUAUGUUGCUGUUGGAAAAGAUGACUUAGAUGUCCUCAAAUGGGUUCUUGACCAUGCUGUUUCUCCUAGCACUCGGGUUUUUCUUGUCCGUGUGUUUCCUCCCAUCACCCACAUCUCCACACCAGUGGGGAGAGUAUCAAAGAGUCAAUUGAGUAGAGAAGUGUUAAGAGUAUAUACUAAUGAAGAGAACAACAAGAGGAGGAAACUCAUGGAGAAAUACAUUCGCCUGUGUAACGAUGCCAAGGUUACAGUGGAUACGAUGUUCGUUGAGAGCAAAGCGAUUGCCAAAGCAAUUGUUGAUCUAGUUCCUGUUCUCAACAUUACCAAACUUGUGAUUGGAUCCAAAAGUCCUCCUUGUUCUAGUCAGUAUGCCGAGGAAUCGUGGCAAAAAUUGAGGAAAGGAGAAUUUGUCAAGAAGAAUGCUCCAGAUUAUUGUGAGGUUACAAUUAUUCAUGGGGGCAAGAAGACAGUGGAUAGUGAGCAAGACACAGAGCCAUUGCAGUCAUCUUCUCUGCCCAGGUCUAAUAAAAAAGACAACUUUCAGAGGAACAUCUUCGACUGCGCAUGCUUCACAGGCAGGACUGAAGUUGAGGAUCGUUAAGAUUUGUACUGCUCCAAGAGGGAUUCAUGUAAAAGACAGCUGAGAUUCAUAUUAAGAGAGCAAAAGAAAGCUGCCAGUAUCCCAGCUCAAGCAGACAAGUUUGAAACAAAUGUGAAAUCCGAAUAAUCCAUGUUCAUAGAGCACAUAUAGAUAUGUACUAUCUGCAUUCUGCAGAUUCUGUAUACAGAAAAACACAUGAUGUGUGUUUUGCCUCAAUAAUAAUUGAACAUGAAACAGUACAUGAUACAUGUCAACAUAAUCACUGUCA